CCCGCCCACCCACUACCAUCUUCCAGUAACGGCGCUCACCAUUGGUCGGACGGCAUCUUGCUUGACCAAUGGGAGACUCCACUGUUACAGCCCGGCUUCGGAGCUCUGUCAUGGCGGCGUUCAGUUUUCUGGCUGGUGUGAAGGAACGGAAUGUUAGGGUUUUUAUUAGCGAGACAAGCCGGUUUGGACGACCCUCUUCGCCUCAGGAGAGCGGAGUCCACACGGAGGGUUUUGGGACUGGAGUUAAACAAAGACAGAGAUGUUGAAAGGAUCCAUGGCAGCGGAGUUAACACCCUUGACAUUGAACCUGUUGAAGCAAGAUACAUGUUAUCAGGUGGUUCAGAUGGUGUGAUUGUACUUUAUGAUCUUGAGAACUCCAGCAGACAACCUUAUUACACAUGUAAAGCAGUGUGUUCCGUUGGCAGAAACCAUCCUGAUGUUCACAAAUAUAGUGUGGAGACUGUACAGUGGUAUCCUCAUGACACCGGCAUGUUCACAUCAAGCUCAUUUGAUAAAACUCUGAAAGUGUGGGAUACAAAUACAUUACAAACUGCAGAUGUAUUUAAUUUUGAAGAAACUGUUUAUAGUCAUCAUAUGUCUCCAGUUGCCACCAAGCACUGUUUGGUAGCAGUUGGUACUAGAGGGCCCAAAGUACAACUUUGUGACUUAAAGUCUGGAUCCUGUUCCCACAUUUUACAGGUUAUAUUUGCAGGUCACAGACAAGAAAUACUGGCAGUUUCCUGGUCGCCACGUUGUGAAUAUGUCUUGGCCACUGCAAGUGCUGACAGUAGAGUAAAAUUAUGGGAUGUGAGAAGAGCAUCAGGAUGUUUAAUUACUCUUGAUCAGCAUAAUGGAAGAAAGUCACAAGCUGCUGAAUCAGCAAACACUGCUCAUAAUGGGAAAGUUAAUGGCUUAUGUUUUACAAGUGAUGGGCUUCAUCUCCUUACUGUUGGUACGGAUAAUCGAAUGAGGCUCUGGAAUAGUUCCAAUGGAGAAAACACACUAGUAAACUAUGGAAAAGUUUGUAAUGAUAGCAGAAAAGGACUGAAAUUCACUGUCUCCUAUGGCUGCAGUUCAGAAUUUGUUUUUGUACCAUAUGGUAGCACCAUUGCUGUUUAUACAGUUUACUCAGGAGAACAGAUAACAAUGCUUAAGGGACAUUAUAAAAGUGUUGACUGCUGUGUAUUCCAAUCUAAUUUCCAGGAACUUUAUAGUGGUAGCAGAGACUGCAAUAUACUUGCUUGGAUACCAUCCUUAUAUGAACCAGUUCCUGAUGAGGAGGAGCCUACAACCAAGUCACAAUUAAAUCCAGCAUUUGAAGACGCGUGGAGUAGCAGUGAUGAGGAAGGAUGAUUCUCAAUCCUGAGUACCUUUGUGUCUCUAUUGAUGAAACUUUUAAAAUGGGACUGUUUUUUGUUGUUAUUGUUUUCUUCCUAUGUGAUGACAACUAAAUUAGCCCUGAAUUUGGGUGGUUUUUUUCACCCAUGUUUUAAAAUGAGGGUAGUAUUUGCAUGAAAUCCUGAAGCAGACUUUUAUAUAGUUUAUUUAAUCAAAAGUGUCUCCUUGAUCCCAGUUGUUGUGGCCUGGGGCAUCCCCUAUUGUUAUAGUACUCUCUCUAUACUGAAAGCUCUAUAUUGAGACAGGUCCUGGCAACAGCCCCCGCUCCCCCGGCCCUCUCAUGUGGACCUUGAGCACAUUGUGUGAACUGUAAGAUGCAGUCUCAGAGGAUGAGUGAGUAAAGGUUAUCAGCACUGACUUUCUCAGACUGUUAGCAUCCAAUUUUUAAAUUCUUUUUUAUUCAUGCAUUCAGUUUUUGCAAUGAUUUCAUUAAGCCGACCAUUAUCUAGCUUUAAUUAAAUAUUUUUGGACUCAGUCCAAAAAGUGUGUAUCACAGAAGGUUUUAACCUAAGGAAAAUCCCAUGUUUUCUUUAUUUUAAUGUGUUAGAGGGUAGUUUGUACUCAUGCUUGAACUCCUUUUCUGUGAAUCUUGUUAAGAUGUGACCAAGUCCUGUUUCAUUCAUUAAAGCAGAAAAUGCCCUGGCAGGAAAUCUGGCUCAACAUGAAAUGUUGCCACAAAAUUUCUAUUUUAUUGUCUACUCUUCUUGUAUAAUAACCCACAAAUGAUUAUCAUGAAGCUAAUCUUAACUCCCUUUCUUUCUGAUUCUUAUCAGUAGGAGACUAGGAAAAGAGGUUUUUGUAGCUUGAACAAGUGUAUAGUCAUUGAGUUUUUAAGGGUGUGUUAGGCCUCAUAUCAGACCUUUCUGGCCAAAUGUUUAACAUAUGUUUACUUUAUAGUUGAUUUUCUUAAGCUCUGACCAAUACACUGUCACUUCUUCCCCCUCACGUUGGUGAGGAUGCUUAUGAUCUUUGAGAAUGCUAUAGAAAUUGGAUUUUUUUUUAAUUUAAAAAGAAGACUUCCUCUAAGCUGCAAAUAACUAUAUUGCUUCUUUCUAGUUAUAUAAACAUACAUGCUGAUUGUAAGUAAUUCAAACAACAUUAAAACUUACAAAAGAAUAUAAUGGUCAUUUGGAAUCAUAUCACCCUAAGGUAAUAACUACUAUUAUUUUGGUGGCCAUUCUUCCAUGCAUCUUUUUAUGACAUAAUUUUACAUAAUGGGGUGUUUGGCUUGCUGUUGCUCUCAUGGAAAUUCCUGUCCUCCCACAUCAGCACCUCCCUCCCCAUCCAACAAUCCACAGUAUUAACCACAUAUGCAACAGUGCAUGUAAUUAACCAAGUAUAGUGUUCCUUCACAUUACAAUCCUAUAUGGACCUACAUAGACAUAGAUGGAGAAAUAUUUUUAUUUUGCAAAAAUUGAAUAUAUACAGUCUGUCUUGAUUUUAUUUUCCAGUUAUAGCUAAUAGAAAUCUGUCAUUUGGUAUAAAUAA